AUGGCGCCCCCCUCGCCGCGCGAUGCGCUCCGCUGGGCGCCAAGCUCGCGCGGCACAUUGACACAGCGCAAGAGGAAUGGCGGCACGGCGCCAGGCGCGGAGAUAUGGGACAUGUCUUCACACACGCCCGCCGCAUCCAAUUUGCAGCUGGACGCCGGGCACACAAAGGGCCACAAGCACUCGUACACGGGCGAUGCCCUUGACCGCUUGGAAGAUUGGCUGGGACUCAAGAGCGGGUCCUCAUCUUCAGCGCAGAGCUCCGCAUCGGCGCCUCGGCCCGGACCGUCACGCACGACGCACCAGGGGACGAGUGCGCCCACGGGCCGCGUCGAUGUGCUUGUGCAUGAGGUUGCACCCGCAGAUACGCUGGAGGGCAUCUCGCUGCGGUAUGGCGCGGACGCCCACAUCGUUCGCCGCAGCAACAAGUUAUGGCCCGGCGAUGCCGUUCAAAUGCGUGAGCAGCUAUAUAUCCCUCUCGCGAGCUGCCGAAAGCGGCCUCCUCAUGCGCCCAGCCAGACGAUGCACCGCCACACCGACGGCUCGCUGCAUGCGGUGCAAGGCCCACAAGACGCGGAUGCGCCAGCGUCAGACAGCGAGUGGCAGCUUACAAGUGUCGAGACAGACCAGCUCAAGUUCUUUGCUGGCGAGCGUGCGCGCCCGACGCGCGGUAUACCCACAGGCCCCAUGGGCGACUCGGGCCUGGAUGACCUACUGGAAUGGCAGGAUGCACAGAGGGAGAGUAUGGCGCUGCGCCCAGCGCCGUCUCCGGCGCCCGUGGUGCCCGCCCCUCCAGUCUCUCGUGACGCGGCGUGGGAGCCCAACAAGCGCACGCUGGGAGUCAAGGCGCCCGAGCGCCCGCCCGUGGACGUGGCCGACGAGCCGCUGCUACAGCAGCUGGCGUCGCCAGAGCCUGAGGCAACACCCCAGCGCACAGACCUGUUCCGCGGCACACUCCCCAACUCGGGUGCGGCGGCGCACUGGAUUCGCCCGAUCCACGAAAGUCUGCCGGCGCAUGCGCCGCAAGCGCGUGGCCCGCGACCUGUGAAUGCAUCGCACCUUUUAUCGGGCGUUAUGAGUGGGCGCGUGCGCGUCGAAGAGGCGGUGGGCGCAGCUAUGAACGAGCUGCGGCAGGCCGUGAACCGCGGGCCCCGGCGGCCCCGCGAGGAGAGCUCCCUCUUGCCAUGGUAG